AUGGGAGAGAGUGAGGAAGUAGAACAACCCGCAGCGUUUUCAUCAAUUGAGGUAUCUGCCGUGAUAAAAGAUAUCGUCGCUAAUGCACUAACUAAUAAUAAGCUUGAAUCCGCAAAAAUGAAUGCAUGGGCGUCUGAAAUUACAGAGCAGUGUUUACAUCAGUUAACAAAACUCAACCGCCCAUUCAAAUACCUUGUUACCUGUGUAAUAAUGCAAAAAGACGGCACCAGCCUCUAUACAGGGAGUACGUGUUACUGGGACGCAACAACAGAUGGAAACUGCACAAUAAAGUGGGAAAAUGGGUCCAUGUACUGUAUCGUCACGUGUUUCGGUCUGGCUAUAUAA